AUGACGGUUGUCUACAACCCCGAUCCUAAGCGACUGUCUCCUUCAGCGGAAAGCAGCGACGAUGAGGCGUACGAGGAGGAGUACAGCGACAGCAAGCUGAAUAGCUUCGAGGCGCCGCGUGCGGAAGACGACGAGAAGGGACGUUUCCAGAUGACGGUGGAGAGCACGGGCCACCGUGCUACUACGGCGCCGGCGCCGGUGCACUCGCGGGACUCGUCGCUGUCCUCGCUCAGCAACUUCUCGAGGAAGCUGACGAUCAACACGAAGAGCUCAUUGCCGGAGUCGUUCAGCAAGCUCUCGAGCAAGUUCAAGCGCAACAACUCCGUCUCCUCGAGCAACCUGAACAUCUUCACGCGGAAGCCGUCGAUUUCGCUGCGGUCGCUCGACAGCCCGGACUCUAGCAUCUACUCGAACCCGAACUCGAACGACGACUUCUUCGACUUCGAGAACGUCAGCGUGAACAACAACAGCAACAGCAGCGGCGGCGGCACGCUGCAGCGGAUCAAUUCGUGGUCCAACCACCGGAACGCCUCCGGGUCGUCCCCCUCGGGUUCCGGCUUCUUCCAGAGCAAGCCCGCUGGCAAGGGGGCCUUCUUCACGACCGAGCUCGAGAGCCUCAAGUUCCGGGGCCGGGCGAACUCGUCGCCGCAGCAGACGCUGGUCUCGCGCAAGUCCUCCAUCUCCGUCCAGAACCUCAACCUCAUCAAGAAGAAGAACAUAGGCGGCCUCGCCAACCACAGCAGCAGCAGCAACUACUCCUUCGAGCUGUCCGACAGGCCGCUCAACGCCAGCUUCCACUCCGCCGCAGACGUCUCCGACGAGUACUUCUCCAAACAGCGUGUUGCCAGCUCAACCGAGUUCUACCUGGACAAUCUGGACACCCUCGACUUCGACCUCGACAGCGACAAGCUUCUUGCCGCAAACACCAGCACCACGGCCACCUACACCAGCACCACGGCCACCUACACCGGCUCCGCGUCCGCCGCCCCCGCCGCCACCGCUGCCGCCCCCGCCACCACCAGUCCGCUCACACUCAACUCCUACAAAUUCAGCACCCCCGAGCUGCGCUGCGAGGAGUUCGAGACCUCCAGCAUCACCACCUCCACCACCGCUGAUCACAACCUCGACUCGUCCUCGUUCUCCCAGCAUCAGCCGCACCAUCCGCCCCACCACCACUCUCACCUCCAUAGCUCUCUCGGCAUCGUUGAGCCGCCCGCCAACAUCCCUUCUCCAUCUGCUUACGCUCCUGGUCCCGGCUCUGGUCCCGGUUCCUCCAACCCCGUCAAGUCUUUCCCCGGCUGGUCCUUGAAAGACGGACUUCUUGUCCCAAAUGACGACUCCGGCUGA